AUGAAGCAUAGAUUUGCAACUGGCCAGUUUAUACUGAUCUAUUCGAUCAUCGUACUAAUUUAUAAAUUCUUCGACUGCCAUGAAAUUUGCACAAAACCUGAAUUACGGUAUUACGAAGAAGUAAUUUUUGAAAGUGAUGCAUAUAGAUAUUCUCAUCACUAUCACUAUUCCCAGACAAUCCGCUCUAAUCAGUCUCUUCCAGUUAUUCGCGGCAGGUUUGAAACGUUGGAUCUUAAUAAAGAAAUUGAUGCGAAAUUCCUGUUUACGUUUUACGGGGCUACAGUCAUCAAAUUCCAAUUACGCGCUACUGGUACAAUUUAUAUGUACGAUCAAAAGCAUUUAGGAGAAAUUAGAACUCAUUUAGAAAGCGAUUUUUUGGCAAAAUGUGAAAUUUUAUUUAAUCUUCCUGCAUUCAAUGUAACUACUAUGUUACAUCCGAAUGGGAAGAUAUCAAUCUAUUAUGAGAAGAUUCCUAAGGUAAUUGACGAGGGACAAAAGGAUUCGCAAAUUUAUGGAGUCAUUCGGUGCGGAGAAGAAAAUAAAAAAACACAUAUAAUAACUGUUCCCGGAAAAUGGAUCCAAAGUGGAACGUUAGUGGAGUAUGAAGCUCUCGGGGAAGUUUGUCCAAAACACAAUACGAGUAAAACAUGUCAUGGCGCAACAACACCGAAUACCACAUGUGUUUGGUGUGAAAAAGUCAAUAUGUGCAUUACUAGUAACGAUAAGGAUAGUCAUGAAUUCAAAGUAAAUGGUUGCAAGGUUAAAAUUAUGACUACAGAUGCAACGGAAGACAUUGGGGAAAGAAAAUCAUCGCAAUACUUUACUGAACGUUGUAUAUAUGUUUCUCAAUCAAACGUUAAAAUGCAAAAAUAUGUGUUCUCAUUCGCUGCAUCUGAAUUUGUAAAUUUUCGUUGGAUUGAAUUCAAGUCUUUGGCUGAAAUUGAACAACUUAGUUAUUCUGUUAGUGAAUCUAAAGAUGAUUGGUUGAGGCCAUAUAUUGUGGUCGAAAUGGAAAAUGAUGAUUCCGUUUUGUCAAUUAUUAAACGCAGCGUUUUAAUCAAGUCUGCUUUUCAUUUAUGGUGUGAAGCAACAACCUUAUCAGAAUUAACUGAACAGGUUGCCAAUCUUCCUAAUGAGUUGACAGAUCCUUAUUUAAAUGGUUGUGGCACUUUCAAAAUAGUUUUAAGUUCUGCUCAUAAGAAGCUCAAACAAGAGGAGAAAAUACCUAUAAUAGAAACUAUUCUUGAUGCUCAUGAGAGGAUCGAUGCCCAAGUUUCUUUAUCAUCACCAGAUCAUCAAAUCAACAUUCUUCUAGAAUACACCCCUAAGAACCUUGGAAAGAAUACAAUUAGAUCUGGGGGUCAUUUGUGUCGACUGCUAUAUGGACGGUUAAUUGGAAGCAGUAUAAGGAGAAAUAUGAUGAACAACUAUCGUCUAUCAGAAAGAGCUCACUUAGGCAAUACAACUAUGAAUGUAACAUUAGCAGCAAUAAUGGCUAAUGUGGGACUUUGUCGAAAAUCAUCUUUUGUUUGGGAUCCUUUUAUCGGUACCGGAAGUACAGUAAUAGCAGCUUCUGUAUGGGGUUCAUUCGGUGGUGGUUCAGAUAUAGAUUAUUCUGUACUUCAUGGAAUAGGAAUGUCUCCAAAAGCUGGUCAGGAAAGACGUUGCGGUGAAACAUUACGAUCGAAUUAUGAACAGUACAAAUUGGAAUCACGUUAUUUAGAUGUCAUGGUGGCUGAUAUAGUAUCAUUACACAAAUUUUUACGUAUUCCUCAUGGUGGUUUAUUCGAUGCAAUAAUAACUGAUCCACCCUAUGGAUUUCGUGAACGUAGUUGUAAAGUAUCUGAACAACCAGUUGAACGUAAACCUACUCUUGUUACUAGACAUCGACUAGCUGAAAUUAUGGGCGUAAUACAUAUUGGUGAUGAAAAUCACAAUGGGAAUAAGGAUGAAGUUGAUGAGGAAUCUUUAGUUCUGGUACCACAUGACUUACCACACUUCCCACACAAAGAAGUAUAUCCAGUUAAUAAAAUAUACAAAGAUUUAUUGGAUUUAGCAGCUUAUCUUUUAUAUCCCAAUGGACGUUUAGUAUUUUGGAUACCAGUAUUACGAUCAGAAUUUAUUGGUGUAAAAUCUUUACCUCAUCAUCCUAGUUUUCGUUUACUUGCAGCUUGUGAACAGACUUUAAAUACACGCAACUCAAGGUACAUGGUAGUAAUGGUGAAGUUGGAUACUAAUCAACAAUUAAAUGAUCUAUCCAAUGAAAAUGAAGAUUUAAUAUUUCCAGCUGUCUAUGCCAAAUAA